GGGCGGCGGUGGCGCGACUGCCGGGUCGUGGCCGUGGCAGGUCAGCAUACACCGGACGUCGAGCCACGUCUGUGGAGGGACGCUCAUCAACAGCCAGUGGGUUCUCACAGCGGCCCACUGCAUCUUGACGAAGACACUGAGUGAGUGGACCCUCUACUUCGGAAGACAGACCCAGACUGGCCCCAAUGCUAACGAGGUUUCACGCCAGCUACAUCCAACCCAUCUGCCUCGCCAGCAACCUCAGCCGGUUCUUCAACGCCACUUCAUGCUGGAGCACCGGUUGGGGAAAACUAUCGAGCAACGUGACCUUGCCAGCGACCGCUAAUCUACAGGAAGUUGAGAUUCCGGUCAUUGGAAACAAUAAGUGUGCCUGUAGCUACCUAGAGAUAAAUGAAACCAUCACGAACAAAAUGAUGUGCGCCGGGCAAGAGAACAAAGGAGCAUGUCAGGGAGACUCCGGUGGACCUCUGCAGUGCAAGCAGGACUCUAGGUGGAUCCAGGCUGGAAUCACGAGCUUUGGGAUCCCUUGUGCCACUGCUGGUUUUCCUGAGGUCUACGCUCGGGUGUCUGAGUUUCAGGCGUGGAUCUCAGACCAGGUCGCUGGGACCACAGCGGACUUUGUGACGUUCAGCUCUAAUGGCACUGACGCAGACGCCAGCUUUACGUGUCGCAACUCAGGCGAUCUUUCCACUCAGUUCUCAUUUGCCGUCCUUAUGACUGUGAUGCUGCAGUCAUUCAUUACUCAAUGAAAGUCUCUCUCUCUUUUUUUUUUUUUUUUUUUUUACAGUUUUACUACACUUUAAAUUAUCUUUGGUCAGAGUUGACUUUGUAUAAAUAUAGUUUCAGUGCGUUUGUCAUAAUUUAGUGCUGCCAUAAAGACCCAAAUGUUGCAUCAGAAAUGUAAAAAACAAAGUCUAAUUUAAAAAGGAAGACUGGAAGCCAUGAAAAACAAAUGGUUAUAUUAGUUUACAGUCUUUUAGUUAACAGUCUUGUACAGUUGAAACCAGAUAUCUACAUACAUAAAAAGACAAAUAUUUUUUUUCUUACUGUCUGAAGUUAAAUCUGAUCAAACAUCUCUUGCUUUAAGAAUUUUUUUAAAUUCAGAAGUUUACAUAAACUUGGUAAGCGUCAGAGAUAAAUGUCUUUUAAACUGCCUGUGCAGUACAAGUGAUUACGUACUAAUGUGGCGAUGCACCUGCAAGUCAGUGAUGAAGUAAUCUGCUGGGUUUCCUUACAGAGAAACAUUUUCAGUCUAAUUUGAAUUGAACAUGAUACAAUGUUUGGUAACUAGGAAUAAUCACAAUGACGGCAUGAUUGGACUGAAGUGACCAUUUCUGUAAAAUUCGGUUGUGAACAGAAGUUAUUUGAAUCUUAAAACAAUCUAAAAUAAAUUACAUAUAUAUAAUUUUUUUUUUGGAGUCUGAAAACUCCAAUUAGCUAUUAAUCUGAUAGCUUUUAAGAAUGUUUAACCCCAAGAUCCCAAUCUAAACUGCACUUUUUUCUGCUCACUGCUAGAAAUAAACUUCUGUUAUGCCACAUUUAUUAGCCAGGAAAACAAAAGGUCGAGAAUUACUAACCAGAAGUGCUUAAAAAUGGGGAUAAACUUAAAAACUUCACAUUUAUUUACUUUUAAAUGGACUGUCUGCUGUUAUUAAAAUCAAGUAAAUCAUUUUUAUUGUGAAAGAUUAUGCAGAUGAGCUGAGGAGAAAACAUUUUAAAGCAUUUCUCACAUCUUCAGCAGGCAGAAAGUGCAUCUGUGCAUGUUCAAGAUUAGAGAGCAAAGCAUGACAACUAUGGCGCUGUGGCGCAGCUGCCUGUGGGAGGCUGUGAUUAAAAUGACACUCAGGCCUUUUUUAGACCCAGGCUGGACAUGACAGAGUCGAUGUUCAGGCCUAAGAUGGAAAAACGAGAAAGAAAAACAAAUAAUUGAUCUCAAACUCUGGAGAUAAAAGCAUAGAACUGCAGCAGUUUCAAUGCUUCUCAAUCUGGUGUUUAUUUUUGCACAAAUUGCAUUGAAUGUGACACUUUUCUAUGUGGGUAUGGAGGAAAGAGAUAAGGAGUUUGACACUUCAUCAUAUUACUCAUGAAGAUGUAACAUUUUCGGUCAUUAAAGAGACCUCCGACUCUAAAUCUGGUGGUGACUUCACCAGGACUGCUUCCUCUGCAGCGGCGAAAAGAAGGAACUCGUAAAAUGUCAUAAAUUAAUGUGAAAAGAGAAACUGAGCCCAGCAGGACAAAAGUAUGAAUUUAAUUACCCAUUAAAAAAGGAGAACAGAGUUCAGUCUGGCAUGAAGGAGCAACCAAUGCGUGAAGAUGACUGUGUGAAAAUGGGACAGAACUGAAGUGGUGUUUUGUUAUUUUCAUGCAUGGCGACAAGAAAUCCCAGUUACAUAAAGCUCUAAUAUAAUGAGAAACUACAGGGAAGUGGUUCACUUCUUGUGAAUUUAAGAAGUGAAAAAAAAAAAGGGAACAAGAAUCAACAGAACAAAACUGUAAAAACGAGCAUUAAACGUUUUCACUGCUGAUAAAAUGACAUUUACUCUGAAAAA